CGGGUCUGCCGGAAAUAGAACGUAGAAGAAGACAAAGCUACUUGCUAAUGUAGCAAAGUGAUACGGAAGCACCAGAGUGUGCGACCUGCUUAGCAUUCUAUCUAUCAAGCACAUCUACUUUCUGGGAAGAUACUACAGUUGUUGGACAUUACCCUUUGCUUUUAAGCUUUCAGACUUUGAUCCAAAGUCCUCGGUUUUGGAUUGGAACUGGGAUUAGGACAAGGACCACAUCCACCACUAUUUGAGAAAGCAAGAGGCCACCUUACAGUCAGCAGGAGCCCCCCAAUUCUGAGUCAACGGUGCCACUCACUCCACCACCAUGUCCGAUGGUCGGAUCUAUGUGGGAAAUCUUCCCAUGGAUGUCCAAGAGAGGGACAUCGAGGAUCUCUUCUACAAAUAUGGAAAAAUCCGUGAUAUUGAAUUGAAGAACAAUAGAGGCACUAUCCCUUUUGCUUUUGUCCGGUUUGAAGACCCACGGGAUGCAGAUGACGCUGUCUAUGGAAGGAAUGGAUAUGGAUAUGGAGACUCCAAGCUGCGUGUAGAGUAUCCUCGAUCCUCUGGGGCUAAAUUUGGUGCUAUGGGAGGAGGAGGAAGAGGAGGUGGUGGUGGUGGAGGAGGAGGAGGAGGAGGAGAAGGAGGAGGAGGAGGUGGAGGAGGACCCAGGGGAAAGUUUGGACCCCCGACCCGGAGAUCCGAAUUCCGGGUCAUGGUGACUGGGUUACCACCGACUGGGAGUUGGCAGGAUCUGAAGGAUCACAUGCGUGAAGCAGGAGAUGUUUGUUUUGCAGAUGUGCUGCGAGAUGGAGAGGGCGUAGUGGAGUUUCUCCGUAGGGAGGACAUGGACUACGCAUUACGCAGACUGGAUCGGACAGAGUUCCACUCACACCAAGGUGAGACCGCUUACAUCCACGUCUUUGAGGAGAGAGGUAACCCGACCUGGACCCGCUCACGUUCCCGGUCCAGAUCGAGAGGCCGCUACUCACCUCCAUACCAUAACAGAGGCUCACCCCCUCCCCGCUACCAGUCACCGCCACGCCAUGCUAUGUCACGCCAUAGCCCACCGCCCAGGAGGCACCCUCCACAGCACCACAGCCCGCCACCCCGUCAUUACCGAUAGAGAAGCAAGUUGAUUUAAAAGGAAACGAGAAAACAAUUUGUAAUUCAUCUUUUUACUUUGUUUUAUUUUUUAAUCCCGGGCCUCCUCGUGCGAUUGUGUUUUUCUCUACAUACAUUCCAUGGUCAGGAUCACCUGAACACUCUGCUCCUCUCCACAGCCUUAAAUGUUUUUCUGUUCUUAAAUUACGUGUUACCUGAGAGCUGUCGCUAUUUUCUUUUUUGAUUUCCUUUAGCAAAGUUAACGUAUUCUGUCAUUGUGUAACAUAUUGGAGGUUUCUUUUAUAAAGAACACCUGGGUUUUGAUAUUAAACCUUGUCAGGAACCAGUAAACACAUGGGACGUGUCGAAAACAAAUGACUUUCUGCAGUGAUCAAGCAGAGGGUCUGCAUCUUUAAUUUGUUGUCUUUUUUUGUGUCGCAUUUCUAUAGCUUAAAGUAUGAAGAUCUCUGCCAAUGUAAGAACCUGUGAAGCUUAUCAAUAUCCUCCUGUGAUUCAACAUGUGUAGAAUUAGCCAGCCCUUUAGAGUAGUGACACUUAACUGUGAGCCGCACCGGCCGGAUGAUUUUUGUCAUUGUGUAACAUUGAUCAAGGUGGCCUGUUGGUUGAUUAUUUUUAUGCAUUGCUUAUUGGUUUUUUUCUUUUCCAAUAAAACACAACAUUUUAUUGUGA